AUGACAGCCCAGAAAAGAGACAUCACGGCGAUCGAAGGAACUGAAGAACCCCCCGGUAAGCGCCACCACCGUGACUUGACCAAAGCCUUGCUGACCACGCCCAACAGUCUUCUUGGUGACUAUCCAGCGUAUUCCCCACCACAGCCAGACUUCCUCUCCGUCUUCAGUCGCAUCGCACCAUUCGUAGAUGGUCUGCGCGAGUGCGGUGGUCUUGACAGGUAUGAUUACACCCGUCUCCGUAUGACUUGCAAGACCACCGCCCAGGAGUGGAAGCCAUACCCAUAUGACCGUUGCGAGCCAGAUACCCAAGAUCGCUAUUUCGCAGGGUUGCAGGCCAUUCCAUGCAGCGAUUGUGGUGUCCCUUCUGACAGGUUGGUCGUCAAGCCCUGUUAUGGCUUAGGUCCCUGGAAGGCAGACGGCUUCUCUGGCUGCAACAAGCUCGUCUGUGCCUAUUGCGUCGUCAAGGCCCUGAGGGCCCACGGCCCGUACAGGAACGUCGGCAAUGAACUCCAUUACUGCCAGCCAUGCAGCUGGAAUUUGUGCCGAACCAGCACACAAGCCCUGGCCCACGAAUGCCAAUGUACCUUCCAUCACAGCGGCGACAUCGUCGACCAGCCAGAUCCCGAGUGGCAGUGCACAGAUUGCAGAGUCACGCUGCUGGAAAAGCUCUCCAACGCUGCCCGCGACAACUUGAUGAUCAUGGAAACUCAACAGCACGUCGUCGUUCGCGAUGAGCGUCGACACCCGUUCGCCGCUGGAGGCCUGGAAAGGUGGAUCAAUCCCGACCACGAAAACAGGAAUCACUGCCCUGGUUGUGGUAUCCACUACAUUGACUUGGUUCAAACCUGGGAGGACGAUGCUGAAUGGGACGAGAUGGGGUAUUGGCACGCCGACAUGGUUCGACGGUGCGCAUCAUGUCUGGGACUGAAGUGUCAUGCCUGGGACUGA